AUGCGAGCAUGGCGUCGGCUGUUGCGCCCCCGCCUUGCUGCUCUCCCAGUGUUGCCUUCGCGCUCGUUCACUACCAAAACGCAUGAGCGAGUUCAGGUCCAAUGUGGCUCCUCCGGUUAUGUGAACAUCGACCUCUUCAAUGUGGCAGCUUCUGCCCCUGACUCACCAGUGUUCAUCCAUCUCCCUCCAUUCGCUUCGGGAGACGAAACCACGCCAACAAAUCUCCCGGCUUCGUUCCAGGAGUGGCCUAUCGCGAGGAUAAAUUACCGCUGGGCAGAGCAAGCUGAUGAACAGCUGCCGUACUCGGGAUGGCCAACACCCAUCCACGACACGGCCUUUGCCUAUGAGUGGCUCGUCGAGAAUCUCGCGCCUUCGAGCACUGCUCGACGCGACAUCUACAUUUACGGGUCGUUCUUCGGCGCCAGCCUAGCACUGUCGCUCGCCUUGACUGAGUGCCAUGGCCACGCUAGGUUUGGUGUGAGGGGAGUCGCCGCAUACAAUGGAAUUUACAACUGGACCAUGUUUCUCCCCGACCACCCUGUUCAUAAGUAUAAAAGGAAGGGGCUCUCGUACUUGACAGAGAGACCUCUCGCAGAUGGACUGCAUCUUGCAGACGUACCGGAGCAGCUGCCAAGCCUGUUCAGGACACCAGCCAACCUCUUUGAUCCAUUCAUCAGCCCAAGCCUCCUCUUCCACAAUCCCGGUCUCCUGGCUCCAGGAGACUUCGACGGCUCGCCGGCAUCGUCGCCCAUCUCGGACAUGGUGGCGCGUCUGGUAGCUGGGGAAGACGGAGAUGCUGAUAGCAUGCUUCCGAUCAAGGUGCCCAGGAAGUCACACCUCCUCUUCCCUCCUCGCACAUCGACAUUGAAGAUACCCUCAACGCUUCUUAUGCAUGACAAAUUCAUCGCGCGGACGCCAGGUGGCCGGAUCUCAAAGCGAAGACCGCGGGGGAACACAUUCAUGGCUCAGGCAGAGGAACUCGCGGAGCUCAUGCGGCGGAGCAUGGAGAAACUCGAGCUCAAGGAACGUAGCAAUUGGGAUGAUGAUUUCCAGACCUGGGAAGCAAAGGCUCUUCGUAGGAUACAGGUAGCCGACGUGGGGGUGGAACAUGAAGGGCUUUCCCUCGGUGAAGCUGGAGAGCAGCGGCUGGCAGAUUGGCUUGAAGAGUUCAUUUAA